UCCUUCCUUUUCCAAUCUUUAACCUGCAAAACAGUAUCGAGAUUGAAUCCGAUGCCAGUAUAUAGCAAGCUAGCCAGAGCAUCCUUACGCUAUUGUUUCAAAUCUUUGUUUAUUUAUUUAUUUGUUUACUUGAGAUAAUACCUUCAGAAAAAGAAAAACGAAUAAGCAGGGGAAAGUUACUCGGUAGUUGGCGAAACCCGAGAUAAAAUUAGGCAACAGAACAAGAGGAGAACGCAAAUCUUGUUAUGAACGCUCCUUUCGUUAAAAAGAUCUUGGUGGGUGUCAUUUAUCUCAAGAUUUUCACCUCAUUGGCUUUCACUGUAGAAGACGGCAGCCUGCAAUAUGUGUUAAAGGGACAAGACCAUAAAACAAAAACUUAAAAUUCCAAGGGAAAAUUGUUGGCUCGGUCAGAAUCCAGCUUCUUCUAACCUUGUAACUCGUGAUCGUCUCUUUUGUGCACGGUUAUAAGAGAGGAUUGAAGGCAAACCUAAAUUGCAACACAUAAGCAAUCAGAAGGAAUCAGUAUGGGUGCAGCUACUUCACGCAAAUGGUCUUCUGAGCUCUGCGACUGUGGGGGUAGCCUGAGCACGUUUUGUAUGACAUGCUGGCUCCCUUGUGUCACGUUUGGACGCAAUGCAGAAAUAUUGGACGAAGGGCAAACUUCCUGUUGUAGUCAUUGUUGUGUUUAUUGGCUUCUAUCAACCGUCCAAUUCCAUUGGAUCUACUCGUGUGUUUACCGGGGGAAAUUGAGAUCAAAGUACAGUUUACCAGAGGAGCCAUGUUGUGAUUGCUGCGUUCAUUUCUGUUGUGAACCUUGUGCCCUCUGCCAAGAGCACGCCGAACUUCAGAGCAGAGGUUUUGACGCUUCCAAAGGUUGGGCAGGCCGACCUAUGAUUCCUCCAGUGCGGAUUUCCAUGUUCAAGUAACACAUUGAUCGACAAGGAUUACCGUCCCAAGAAAUCAAUAAAAUAAACUGCAAUGUAUUAUUAUUAUUAUUAUUUUGAAAGCAAAGAGACGGUGGGAAUGUUUAAAAUUGAUGAGUGCAAAUGAAGAAUAGCUUGCUAUUUUAGUUUCUCUUUCCAUAUCAACAAUUGCUUUGUAAUUCGGAGUAGAUGUGCAAAGAAUGUACUCAUUGUAUGAAUAUAUAGCCA